AUCGUCAUACGUCAUGGGAUCCACCGAUUGAGCAGGAGACUGUGCACAAACCGGCCUACAGCUCUUUCUUUGUACCUUCCCGGCUCCUCUUCCGCCCCAAACAGGUCUUUGGCAGUGGGACUGGUCAGGCCACUCCCUGGCACACGCUCUUCUAUUCCAGUCGCCGUGUGGAUUUCCAGUGUUACAUACGACGGACGGAGGGCGUCCUACUUGCGACACUAGCAUGAGCAGGUGGUCUUGAGAUCUGUCUUUGAGAAGAAUUCAGCAAGCAUGGCAGCUGGAGCUAGCGAGUACAGUUGUCCAAAUUUCGCUCAAAUGAAUCUCAGAGUGAUCAAGGCCAAGUUUGAAGGAUCGGGAAAGUUGUUCUUGUCACGAACCAGUCCAUUCUGCGAGGUGGUGAUUGACGGACAGAAAGAAGCGUCGCUGAGAACUGAGACACUGCGCAAGACUGCUACACCUCAGUGGGAUGACGAAUUCACUGUAUUGGUGACCCCCUCCUCAAAGCUCCAGUUUCUAGUCUACAGUCAGAGCAUGAUGAGAAACUCACUACUUGGUACUGCAAACCUGGAAGUCAAUGACAUCAUCCAUCAACACGGAGCCAGUGUGCAUAAUGUGACCAAGACAUUGUCACUGUAUAGAGACAAGGGCUCCCUGGCCGGAACCAUCUCUGUGGAAUUCAACGAUCUUUGUUUUGAGUUGACGGACGAAGAGAGGGCUGCAAUUGGAGGGAGUGCACUUCGUGACUCCAACACACCGACAAACGAGGCGGCAAAUCACACUCCGAACAAUGUGGGCGGGGCUAGUGUCGCAGCCGUGAGCGGAAUAACCAAUCAGAUGGAGGGACUGAGUGUCGUCGGGCGGUUGCCCGAGCAACAGAAUCCGAGCCCCGCCCCCCAAGUUGAGCGGGAGUCUGGGACGCAGGGGAGGAGCGAGGGGACGACGACGGCAGCGAUGGUUGGAGGAGGAGCGAGUCUGCUGGUCACUGGGUCUAGAGUCGAUGGCUCGUCAUCACUGGCACCCCCGUCAGCUACAACAGCUGCCCCUUCUCCCUCCUCUGUAAACGACUGCUCCCCAGCCCACUGUUCCAGCCACUGGCAAUUCCCGAGCUCCUCCCUCCACCUCUUCUGCCCCCUCCUCCUCUCCCUCUACCACCUCGCCUGCUCCUCCUACCUCCGCCCAGCCUCCUCCUCCUCCCGUCUCUCCCCACCCGGCUCUGCCCCAGACCACACCCACAUACAACCCCCAGCAACAGCAGUCUACUGCCUCUCAUCCUCCACAAAGGCCAGAGCAACCAGCUGCAUAUCAACCACCGGCACUUCCAGUUGGAUGGGAGGAGAGGGUAGAUCCACAUGGUCGUCGUUACUAUGUCGACCACAACAGUCGCAUGACGACGUGGGACAGACCGGAGCCCCUGCCUGCAGGUUGGGAGCGAAGACGGGACCAGAGAGGACGAGUGUACUACGUGGACCACAACACGCGGACCACGACGUGGCAGAAACCAACGAUGGAGAAUGUCCGUACCUUCCAGCAGUGGCAGCAACAAGAAUCCCGUACCUUGCAGGAGAGGAACCAGCAGAUGCAGCAGAGGUUCCUGUACCCAGGGCAGAAUCCUGCCCCGGCCGCCGAGACAACGGGGGACGAUGGUCUGGGACCACUUGGUGACGGUUGGGAGAAGCGAAUGCUGCCGAACCAGAGGGUGUACUUUGUGAACCAUAAGAGCAAGACGACGCAGUGGGAGGACCCGCGGCUGUCAAUGGCCGAGCAGCUGCCGCUCCCUCUUGGCUGGGAGAUGAGGUACACCGAGCAGGGAGUCAAGUACUUUGUCGACCACAACACACGGACAACAACCUUCCAAGAUCCCAGAAAGCCGGACGGGGCAGCCUCGGGACCAAAGGGACUCUACGGAGUGCCUCUCGCAUACGAGAGGGGAUUUCGCUGGAAAGUCGGCCAUUUCAGAAACCUCUGUGCUUCGAAUGCUCUCAGCCAACACAUCAAGAUCAGCGUGUCCAGAGAAACCAUUUUUGAAGACUCGUUCUCUCAAAUAAUGCGGUUCCAGUCUCAGGACCUGCGGAGAAGACUGUACAUAGUGUUCCGAGGAGAGGAGGGGCUGGACUACGGUGGCCCCGCCCGGGAGUGGUUCUUCCAGCUGUCCCACCAGAUGCUCAACCCCAUGUACUGCCUGUUUGAGUACGCCGGCGAGAACAACUACAUGUUGCAGAUAAACCCCGCCUCCUCUGUCAACCCUGAGCACCUCACCUACUUCAGAUUCGUGGGCCGUGUUAUAGCUAUGGCUCUCUACCACGGGAAGUUCAUUAGACAACAGUUUCAGCAUGCCGUUCUACAAGCAGAUGUUGGGGAAGAAGCUGACCAUACAGGACCUGGAGAGCAUCGAUCCCGAGUUCUACAACUCUCUAAUGUGGAUCAAAGAGAACAACAUUGAGGAAUGUGGACUGGAGAUGUUUUUCUCUGUGGACCAGGAGACGCUGGGAGUACUGUCCAAUCAUGAGCUCACCCCUGGAGGCGAGGACAAGGCCGUGACGGAGGAGAACAAGGAGGAAUACGUCGAGAUGAUGACUCAGUGGCGGUUCAAACGAGGGGUGGAGGAACAGACGAAGGCCUUCCUGGACGGUUUCAACGAAGUGGUCCCGCUCCACUGGCUACAGUUCUUUGACGAGAGAGAGCUGGAGCUGAUGCUGUGCGGCAUGCAGGAGCUCCACGUUGGGGAGUGGGAGAAACACACCGUCUACCGAAACUACACCAGGAACAGCAAGCAGAUUGUGUGGUUCUGGCAGGUUUGACUGGCCAGAGUGGCAGACUGAGAAGACU